UAUUUUCAUUAACAGUGUGGUGACGUCCCAAGGCCAAGCCGAGCCCGACGAUGUAACUUACAAGGCAAGAUGAGAUGACACUGGAAUGACUGAAUAAUCAAAAGAACUGAUCCAGGAGUAGGUACACAGCUGUUAUGAAGACGUUUUUUGUUGGUGACUGUUGCAUAAUCUAUGAGCCAUGGGUAUGGUCACUAGCUGCUGUGGGCGGAGGCCUAAGAAGUCCCGCCUCCAUAGUGAACAUGAUCUCAUGUCACCAAAGAAGAAGCGGCACCGUCGUGACAUCAGUGCUACAUACAGUGCCAAUGACUUUGUCAUGACACUGGAUCAGCUUAACAUUAACCAAGCAACAGAAGAAGAGCUUAUGACCUUACCAACUAUCAGCCGCAACAUUGCCCGCAACAUAAUCCAAUAUCGCAACCACAUUGGUGGGUUUCGGAAAGCAGAAGAUCUAGCUCUUGUGUCUGGAGUAGGUGCUAAUAAACUCGCUUUAAUUCGGAUGGAGAUAUACUGUGGGAAAUAUGAUCCUGGCAGUCACUCUACACCAUCAUCUAGUCGAAAGAGUAGUCACCGUUUGAAUGCACUCUUGAAACAAAGUGUUGAAAUAAAAGUGGAUGUUAACAAAGCUACAGCAAUUGAUCUGAGCAAAGUAUCUGGAAUUGGAACUGAUUUAGCGCAGCGUAUCGUAGAUUAUAGGAAUGAAGUUGGCCAGUACAAGUUUCUUACAGAUGUUAGCAAGGUACCUGAAAUAGGGACCUAUUAUUUUGAAAAGAUUAGACACUGUUUGACUAUCGAUGAUAAUGAAAGCACGUGUAGCACAUCAACUACAAUGUCAAUCAUGGAAGACUUCUCCUCAGACUCACUGCCACUCUUGCGAGACCGGGAAAGACCCAAUGGAACCUUACCAUCUGGUUAUGGGGGAUCAAAAAAAGUCCAUGUCACAUCCGCAACACAGACAGACAAUACAUCAAUGCCUACUCCAUUUGCUGCAAUGCCAAGGAGAAAAGGACGGAUGAUGCUACGUCGAACACCUUCUCAAAGGAUUGGUAGAUUACGUGUAGCAUCAUGGAACCUUCAGAAAUUAAGCCUGGAUAAAGUUAAAAACCCUGGAGUGAAGGAAGUAAUUUGUAUGACCUUACUGGAAAAUGGACUCAGCCUAUUAGCUUGCCAAGACAUUGUAGACAGUACUGCAUUAGAUGAGGUAAGUUCACCAUACAUUGAUUGAAUCAUGAUAGCAAUUCAAAAAUCCACCUGGGCCCUGUCUUACAAAGAGUUAUGAUUGAUCAGAUCAAUCGUAACUCUAUGGAAAUCCAUCAGUGUCAUAAUUUUCUCUACGAAAAAUUUGCACAGUGUUCUUUGUAUGCAAAGAGGAGCGCAGUGAAUUUUCAAGAAGACAAUGAAUGCAUGAAUAUACAUAAAAGCUAGAAAAUAUUGUGAACGAACAUGCAUAAUAGAAUGACGUUGCUGGCCAUCCGUAGUUGUGAUUGAUUGGAUCAAUUGUAAGACGGGGCCCAGGGUUUACAUCUGUGUGUGUGCUGUCUUAAACAGGACACUAAUUUCUUUGUUUUCAAGGCAGUAGAUUUUGUCUCUAUUACAUGGUGCUGCAUACAAAUUGUUGAUGAAAUGCGCAAAUCCCCUUGGAAAUAUGUACUGUAGCAGAGCAAACAACAGCUGCAUGCACUUAAUAUGCAUAUGCGCCAAAUCACCAUAUCGUCAUUUUGCCUCCGACGAAGAUUCUGCUAGGAUCGAAAGCUUAGGCCCCUUUUUGACUUUAUAAUUUACUCCAUUGGCUCUCUUUUAUUAGAUAAGCAGUUUUCAGCAGCUUCUUUUUGCCAUAAAUCACCAUAUCGACACUGCAUUGACUUUGCACGUGAAAAAGCGAUAUGACGUUUUGACUGAUCGCGCGCAUUGAAAUCACGGCCAUUUGCAUUUUUGUACAGGGAAAAUCUAAACCGCUCAAACCGAAAUUGCAAGCAUGUAACUCUUUUGCGAUAGUUUCUCUGAUCCUUUGUUUUGUGUAAAAAUAAAGAUACCAAUGUCAAGCAAUUGUCUUGGUCUUUCCAACCAUGUACUUUUCUAGCAAUGAAUAUGUUACAAGGCUGGGGGACUAAGUGAAAAUUAUAGUAAACAUUGAGGUUGAUUUUUCUCUGAAAUGGGUUUGCACCAUUGUAUGUGUGAUACGGCGGUUUGGAUGACCACCGACGAAGUGUAGGCCUGUGGACCUAGUUCAUAAAACUUGGACAUAAAGAGUAAUCAUGUAUCACUGACAUCUUGCACGAGUUUCAGGUCAUAUGAUCAAGGUCAAAGGUCAUUUAGCAUCGAAUAAACUUGCUCUAUGUUGGGGCACCAACAUUGAAAUCUUAAUCGAAGUUAAGAAGUUUUUAAAUGGUACUAUAUCAUGUCACAUGAUCAUGUUCAAAGGUCAUUUAUGGUUAGUGAAAUUAGUUGGAAAGGUUUUUGUCUCACCUGCAUAGCAGAGUGAGACUAUAGGCGCCGCUUUUCCGACGGCGACGGCGGCGGCGGCGACGGCGGCGUCAACACCAAAUCUUAACCUGAGGUUAAGUUUUUGAAAUGACAGCAUAACUUAGAAAGUAUAUGGACCUAGUUCAUGAAACUUGGCCAUAAGGUUAAUCAAGUAUUACUGAACAUCCUGCCUGAGUUUCAUGUCACAUGACCAAGGUCAAAGGUCAUUUAGGGUCAAUGAACUUAGACCAUGUUGGGGGAAUCAACAUCAAAAUCUUAACCUAAGGUUAAGUUUUUGAAAUGUCAUCAUAACUUAGAAAAUAUAUAGACCUAGUUCAUGAAACUUAUACAUAAGGUUAAUCAAGUAUCACUGAACAUCCUGCAUGAGUUUCACGUCACAUGACCAAGGUCAAAGGUCAUUUAGGGUCAAUGAACUUUGGCCGAAUUGGGGGUAUCUGUUGAAUUACCAUCAUAACUUUGAAAGUUUAUGGAUCUGAUUCAUGAAACUUGGACAUAAUAGUAAUCAAGUAUUACUGAACAUCCUGUGCAAGUUUCAGGUCACAUGAUCAAGGUCAAAGGUCAUUUAGGGUCAAUGAACUUUGGCCAAAUUGGGGUAUUUGUUGAAUUACAGCCAUAAAUUUGAAAGUGUGUUGGUCUAGUUCAUAAAACUUGGACAUAAUAGUAAUCAAGUAUCACUGAACAUCCUGUGCGAGUUUCAGGUCACAUGAUCAAGGUCAAAGGUCAUGUAAGGUCAAAGAACUUUGGCCACGUUGGGGGUAUUUGUUGAAUUGCCAUCAUAUCUCUAUAAGUGUAUUGGUCUAGUUCAUAAAACGUGGAAAUAAGAGUAACCAAGUAUCACUGAACAUCUUGUGUGAGUUAUAGUAGUUUUCAAAAUCAGCACUGCUGCUAUAUUGAAUCGCGUGAUGCAGGUGAGACGGCCAGAGGCAUUCCACUUGUUUUUUUCUCACCUCCAUAGCAGAGCGAGACUAUAGGCACUGUUUUCCAACAGCAGCGACGGCAGCAUCAACAUUGAAAUCUUAACCAAGGUUAAAGACCCAGACUAAAAGUAAAAACCACAAAUGGGAUUCUAUACAACAAUGUAAGUUUGAUGCAUUUUCACUUCUUGACGGCUGAGUAUUUUACCUAUAAAUACAUGUACAUGUACCUCAAAUGAAUGGGUUUUGACAAUGGGCUUUAUCAAGCUUCUUUACAACCUGAAUUAUGGGACAGGAGGGUUGUGAUUCCAUAGGGUUAUAUGUACAAAGAAUAGCUUUUUUCAGAUUAUGAAUUCAUUUUUUUUUUAAUUAGCAUCUAUAUUACACUGACAAUUAUUCAGUGCUCAAAAGGAUGGAAAAUGACAACUCUUCAUUAGGUUUUUGUUGUGAUUUCUUUGUACUGGCUUUUUUGGUCAUUAGUGGCUAUGUCAGGAAAAGUUGUUACACAUAAUCUGAAUGCAAAUGGAAUUGGAAAGCUGUGCCAAAUAAUUGGGAAAUAAAAUAUGGCUGAAACUAGUCCAAAGCUGUAGAUUCCAUUUCAUCAAUUCAAGCUUGAAAAGAUAUUUAUAAUAUCCAUAAGGACGAAAUUGAAGUGAAGAAAAUAAAAUGCGCAGUCCGAGAAGCAAAGUAAAAAAAAUCACCCAUUUUUUCUGUGUACAAACCUAUGGAAUCACAAUGCUUCUAACACGACAUGACAUCACGGUAAUGAGGCCAGUCAGAAGGGUUCAGUGUUAAAAUGGCAGAGGUAAAAGUCCCAGGGGGCCAGUCAAAUGUAUUGCUGUACACAUGCGUGACCAAAUUAUUUCCAAACAACCCCUAAACAAGUUUUUCUCUGUGUGCAAAAUAACCCCCUAAACAAGUUUUUCGCAGGCUUCAUUUACCCAUUUUGGCCCCUAAACAAGUUGUCGCCAGAAUAUGACCCCUAUAAAACAAGUUUUGUCUCAGGCCCAAACACUUUUCAGAAAUGAGGAGGAAAAAGCACCGGGGAAAAAACAUACCCUAAGCAUGUUUGGCUAGUCUUU